AAAGAAAAUUCCAAACAUUCAAGAUAAUACACUUGUGGAGACCUUGUGCUAAACGUUUCUCCUCAAUUGCAACAUCAUCAUACAAACUAAAUCCAACGGCUCACAUUUACUUCAGAAAAACAUCCACAAAAUACAUAUAUAUGCAUCCUUCACUAUUCAAAAUCAACCAAAAUUUGUAUUUUAGUUUCUUAUUGAUAUAAACCUUCGAACAAAGCUAGGAGAGAAUUAAUGGCUUCCAUUACCACUACCAUGUUAUCAAUUGCUCCAACAAGAAGAAGAGUGUUUGUAGCUAGAGCUACAAAAGGUGCAGCAGGUGGAGGCAAGGAAGAGAAAGGAUUUCUUGAUUGGAUUCUUGGUGGUAUGCAGAAAGAAGAUCAGCUGCUAGAGACUGAUCCUAUUCUCAAGAAAGUUGAAGGCAAGAAUGGUGGAGGCACUACUACUAGUGGACGUGGUAGCAAGAAUGGUAGAGGCACUACUAGUGGUGGACGUGGUGGCAAGAAUUCUGUAGCAGUUCCACAAAAGAAAAAGGGUGUUUUUGAAGGAUUGUUUUCCAAGAAUUAAUUGAAGUAAUAUAUAUCAUGCAAGUUCUUUAACCAGUUGCAUGCAUAUUAAUAUUAUAUGUUUCUGUUUAUUUA